CUUUUUAACAUAAACCUCCCCCCUCCCUCCAUGCAUCUUCUCUUGGCAACUCUUACUGGUAGUCCCUUUUGCUCUCUGUGCGAGAAACCCUCCCUGAAAAGUUCCUUCUAGCUGCUUGCAGGUAUUUUCUGAGACUCAUUCAACCACAGCUGUUUCACGAUGUCUGAAUUAAUGGAUAAAUUCUUGGAGCUGUCAGUGUCUCCUCUGAUUCAGUCACUUCCAGACGACGUAACCCUUGACAUCGUGGCUCGUGUGCCCAGAAGCCAUUACCCGACACUCUCCCUCGUCUCCAAGAAGUUCAGGAAUCUCAUCGCCUCGUCUAAGCUCUACAAGAGACGAUCUCAGCUAGGCAUCACCCAACACCGUCUCUAUGCUAUCCUCCGUAACCGCAACACGAACGACUGCCGUUUCUACAUCCUCCACCGGAAACUCAACUCUAGAAACCGCUUGGUCGUCGUCCCAUCACUUCCUCCCAUGUCUUACCGUGGAAGCUUUGUCUCGGUGGGUUCCAAGGCAUAUGUGUUCAACGAUGUUGAUGCCCUCUGCAUUGACUGUACCUCCCACACGGUGCAGCCCAUCUCUGACAUGCCUCAGCGCUUCGCGGCGUCUCCCAUGUGUAGUAAACUUGCUAAUGUCAUCGGAGAGAAGGUUUACCUGAUCGGUGAUUCCGCAUUCACUUGGGAGCGUGGGAUGUCGUGGAGGAAAACAGUGAUGGUGCUUGAUACGGUAACGCAGACGUGGGAGCCGGUGAUAAAGAAAGAAAACAUGCGCGUUGGUGCUCUUUGGUCUGAUGCUGUGGUGAUGGAGGAUAAGAUUUACAUGAAAGGUUUUAGGAAUAACUGUUCUAUUGUUUACGGACCAGAGGAAAACAAGUGGGACUUGAUGGGAGAGGUGUUGAACUCUAAGGACUGGGAGGGUGGGUGUGUGGUUGAUGAUGUCCUCUACUUUCUUGAUUGUUCAGGGAAGGCGUUGAGGGCCUUUGACCCAAAGCAGACCCGCUGGAGUGUCGUCAACGGUUUGGAUGAGUUUCUGGCUGUCGAGACUGCCCAGUCAAAGUGGCCUAAUGCGGUGAAGUGCGGUGAGAAGAAGAUGGCUCUCUUCUUUCCUAAGAAACAUGACGGCAAGGAGGUCAUUUGCUGUGCGCAGAUUGCUUUGGAAAGGCGUCAAGGUGGAGAGAUUUGGGGUAAGUUGGAGUCUUGUGAUGUUGUCGUUGAGGAUGGGCUGUUUGAUAUGGUCAAAUGUGUGGCUGUCACGGUUUGAUGCAGAGUAAUAAUCUCUCUAUUUAGAUCCCUUCGUAUUUUUAAUUAUCCUAAAUGCCACGGGCUGGUGUGUGGUUGUACGUUUGCUUAGCAUCGUUAGUGUAAAGACAAAACCUUGAGAGCGUGUUGUUGUUUUAUGUUGUCCUUUCAAACUUGUGCUAUGUUCUGUUAAAUUUGCUAUGUUUUAUUCUUGAAUCGUUACAUGACGUUUGCAUCGUCACGGCUU